AUGGCUCAAGCUAAGAUAAUCUCUACAUUCCUUCUGGGGAUGAUUCUCUUGGGCUGCGGCUGUUCAGCUGACACCGAGCCUGAGCCUUCACCUUCACCUUCAAAGCCUCCGCCUUCACCGGACGCGCCAGACGCCAAUCCCUCGCCACCACCGCCAAAGCCAGAAAUCUGCAGAACCGUUUUUAACAUAACUGGCAGGAAGGACAGCGAUAACUUUCUUUAUGCUCGCCUUGGCAGCAUGUACGGCCAUGGUACGGUGCUGGCGAUCGCGAAUUCCGACAUCUACGAGGAGCCUGAUCGCUACAUCGUCUCCUCGACUAGCUUCGUGAUCAUGCUUCCACAUGGCCAGAUCGCAGUACAGGGCGUCUGGGUCGACAAGCUGGACAUUACCUGCACGUUCCCCAUCGUGGGGGGCACUGGCAACUUCACCGGCGCCACCGGGCAAAUUGACAUGACGGUGGCUUCCCGCUCCACCUACCUUUUCACCCUCAAGAUGGAUAAGGACUCCUGCUAG